GGGGGCGGGACGGCGGCGGGAACGCGCUCUCCUUUCCCGGGCUAGCGGGCGGGCGGUUGUCCGAGGCUCGGCGUCUGUGCGUCCCGUCACGUAGAUUACGCACACACUUCAUCCCCGGCUACCGCCGGGAGCUGUGCCGUCACAGACCCGGGCACCUUGGCGGCUGGGCCGUGAUGGUUCGGGUCGCGGGUCUGAGGUGGAGCUGACUAAGUGCUGAGAAGAGCCUGGGAGUCGCGACGGAGCACGAAGCCCUUCCUUGGCCGUCGGGCCCCGAGCUUCACGCCCUCCCGCCGACUUCCAGCCGUCUGUGUCGAGCUGUUUUUCUGGAAGCCCUGAACUCCGUGCCCCUCAAGCCCUGGGCCCCCUACGGGAAUGUUCAAAAAUGAGUACCAGGGAGGUGCAUUUGUUGAAAUCUUUAGUGCCCAGGGUAAAAAUCCUGGAGCAAAAUGGAAGAUCCUCGGCAGUCCAUCUGUGAUUUGGAAAGAAUUUGAUAAAGAAGUUAAAAGUUUUGUGUUUGUACUGGAAGGCAGCAGCCAAACAAAUAAAAUACAGUUACCAAAGGAGAAUAAGCAAAUCCUUGGACUGAUCCAGAGGUUUCUUGUACUUCAGAUUUACAUACCCCUGGGACAAGACUUCUCUACUGAAUUGCUAAUUACUGAUUUGAGGAACAUAAAAAGAAGAUUGUAUUUAUCUACAGUCCAUAAGGAAUUGUCUUCAACCCCGCUUCAUGCAAAAAUCCCACUCUUCAUGAUCAAGCGCAAAAUUUGGUGCAAUCUAUGCAUUGACUUGGUGGCAUUUACCAAUGAAAUAUUCAAAGGAGCAGUUUUCCAGUCAUUGGAUGGAAUUACUGUCUCAGCGAACUGUAAGCUACGAAAGAUCUUCACUUUAAAAUACAAGCCUCAAGACACUGCUGAUAAAGAUGCUGGACAUGAUGCUUCCUUUCCAACAGAUGAACGUAUAGACAUUAUUCCACGAAGCUGCCAACUAACGACAGAUGUUCCACAAGUCACACAGCUGCUAAACAUGACUAAACUCCGCCAAACUGAAAUAAAAUUUGGAGGUCAUCCUCUGAGUCCAGCAGAAUCAGAUCAGUUCAUUAACAGAGGAACAGUUAGCAUGCGGAACAGUAAACAUCAAGAUGUUUGUCAUAUUGCCUUUGGAUCCAAAGUUCUUGGACCGCCUCCACUCUCUGGCAGAAGAAAUAACAUGAGGCUAUCCAGUGAGACAGUAAAAUCUAUUGGGUCCAAAAGUAACCGAUUAUGCCAGCAGUCUACAGUAGAGAAGUGUGUUAACAGUGCAGAAAUGUCAACCUUGCUGUUAUCUGAGUCUGAGGCACAAGGAGAUAAAGAAAAUAUUGGCCAAAUAAAGCAGACUGUACCUGUUCUUGCCAGUCUGCAUAUUAUGCAUCCACAUCCCCCUCAAGAACCAUCAGCCGAUAAGAAUAAUAACAGGAGAAGAUUACGGUUAAAAAGCACCAGCAGAGAAAGGACAGAUACCCCCAACGGCAAUUCUUCAGACAAUAAAAGGAGUGAUGAACAUAAAGCAGCAACUGUCCUCACCACUAUGUCCCAGCAAAGAGCAGAGACAUUGAACCCCAGCUCUCCAGUACCCCAGUCUCCUGAUCAAGCAGAUGAGUGGGUAUUUCCCGAAAAUGGCGAUCACAUCCCCUAUUUGGCCUCUACCACACAGUCUCUACUUUUGAAUGAAGACUCCUGCCAUACUUCAUGCCUGUGGCUAGAAGCCAGCAAGGAAAGUGAACAGGAUCAACAGACAGAGGAAACCCAGAUUGUUCCAAAGGAUGUUUUCACUUUUUCAUCCAGACCACGAUCAGCACCUCAUGGAAAGACGCAGAGUGUGUCCCCAGAAGGGUGCCUGUUUACUUUGGAUCUAAAAGAAGAUACCAGCGUGACUAGGAGUGACACCCAAACAGAGGAAGAUUUUUACGGUGGUGACAGCAACGAAGAGGAUAACCACAGUGUCCAGGGUUCUCCAGGCCCAACAACUAGUCCUCCAGGGUUAACUCAGUUAACGUUAGAGAGCAUGCUGGGGAAGGCUGCAAAGUGUGCAAGUAAAGAAUAUCUAAAAAAUGCUUAUGCAGAAGGAAGAACUUCAGAACACCAGAAUUCCUUGGUGAAGCAGAUAGAUAUAAAAGACUUUGAAACGAGUUUUGUGCCUACACCAUCCCUUUCUCCACCUGGAAGACAUGAGUCCUCUCCAAAAAUUCCAGAUCUUAUUAUUAAAGCAAAGGACCUACCAGCCCAUCAAGUGUCAGCUUCAAUAAACAAAACCUUCCUAAAGGAAAUUUCAGAGGAGAAGUUGAAACCAAUUGCUGAGUUAUCUGAGUAUGACUGGAGAAACUAUCAGCCCAGUGAGAUUAGUGAAUCUGAGUUGCAAAUGCUCGCCAGCCUACGGCGGCAACAGAAUGAAGAACUGGAGGACACUGGGGCUCCCUAUGGCCUGAGCGCAUCCCAGGUUGACAACUGUAAUGUCAGCAUAAGCACCAGCAGUGACGACACAACCACGUGGAACUCCUGCCUGCCACCUGGACUGGUUAAAUAUGCUGAGCCCACCGAUUGUUCCUCCCAGUCAACAGUCCGCAGAGCGGCAUCAGGAUUCUUCUGGAAGCUCGAGUGUUCAAGAGCCAUCACAUCCGCAGCACUCCUGCCUCCCAGCGUUGACAUCCCACCCACACGAGGAUGGUCCUCCAGGACAAAUGGUGAAGAGGAGCUGAGUGUGGAAGAAGAUGAGGAAGUGCUGACUCUGCUGUAUGACCCAUGUUUGAACUGUUACUUUGAUCCCCAAACUGGGAAGUACUACGAGUUGGUAUAAUGCCUGCUUCCAGGGCCAAGGAUGGCUGUCCCAGGUGGAGCAGGAUAGCAGCUCUGAUUCUGUUAAGCUGGCGUCACAAGUGUGUGUCUGGCAGGCCUACAGGAUCAGAAAGAACUAAGAGAGAUGAAGUCAGUUUGUACAUAAUGUUCAAUGUUAGGACUGCCUACAUUCUUUAUGUAGAUGGGUAUGACUUUUCAGAACUGUGAAGGAAUUAAUAUAGAGACAAGAUUGUAGGACUUUAAAUUGUUACUUAUUUGCUGGUUCUCAUCCUAUAUAUAAUUGUUUACUUCAUAUACUUUUAUGUAAAUGAAUUAAGAGUUAUUCAAAUUUUUGCAGUGUUAAUGUAUAAAUGAUGGCUUGAUACACAGAAAACUUAUUCUUAUUUAAAAGAUGCCUUUUCUUUUCUUACCUAUUUGUAUUAAAAAUAAAAUCUGAUGGUCAGAA